AUGAACCGGAGUUUCCACAAGUCCCAGACCCUGCGCUUCUACGACUGCAGCGCCGUGGAAGUCAAGAGCAAGUUUGGGGCCGAAUUCCGAAGGUUCUCCCUGGACCGCCACAGGCCAGGCAGGUUCGAUGACUUCUAUCAGCUGGUGGUGCAUACCCACCGACUUGCAAGUACCGACGUGACCAUUGGCUACGCGGAUGUACACGGUGAUCUGCUGCCCAUCAACAAUGAUGACAACUUCUGUAAGGCUGUGUCCAGCGCCUGCCCCCUGCUCCGCGUCUUCGUCCAGAAGCGAGAGGAGGCAGACGGCUGCAGCUUUGGGGCGAGCUCCCAGUCCAGGAAGAAGAGGGUACUGGCGGCUCUGCGGGAGGAGGGCUUGCGCCGCCGCCCACCCCCCGCCAUUGGCCUGCCGCGUGACUUCCGGCCAGUUUCCUCCAUUAUCGACGUGGACAUCCUGCCCGAGACGCACCGCAGGGUGAGGCUGUACCGGCACGGCUGCGAGAAGCCAUUGGGCUUCUACAUCCGGGAUGGCACCAGCGUGCGGGUGACUGCCCAGGGUCUCGAGAAGGUCCCGGGCAUCUUCAUCUCCCGCAUGGUGCCCGGUGGUCUUGCAGAAAGCACUGGGUUGCUGGCCGUCAACGACGAGGUGCUCGAGGUGAACGGCAUCGAGGUGGCUGGGAAGACACUGGACCAGGCUACGGACAUGAUGAUUGCCAACAGUCACAACCUCAUCAUCACGGUCAAGCCAGCCAAUCAGAGGAACAACGUGGUGCGCAGCAGCCGCACGUCGGGCAGCUCCGGCCAGUCCACGGACAGCACAGCCAGCCCUCACAGCCUCCCGCUUGCGCAUGUGCUGCAGAACUUGCACCCAGACGAGAUGGAGAGUGAUGAGGAGGCUGACAUUGUCAUCGAGGGCACUCUGGAGCCCCAGCCAGCGCCCCAGACACAGCUGGAGUCUUCAUCAACGGAGCCAGCCUGGGGCACUGGUUGCCCCGGGAUGGACCUCACCCUCAUUGCCUCGGGGCGUGAGGGCAACAGCAGCAUCCACAGACUGCUCAGCUUCCUCAAAGCAGAUCCGCGCCACAGCCUCGCCCUACCUCCAGGGGGCGUGGAGGAGCACGGGCCAGCAGUCACCCUCUAG